GGGAGGAUGUUGGGAGGAGCCAUUUAGACGCUCUCUGGAACCAGACUGUUUCCUUGGGACUCACAGACAGUUACCAGAAUUGAGCUGGGACAUUGGGCAGCUGACCUGGGCUUAGGGAGCCUCCAGGUCUCCUGAACUGACCCCAAGGUGGAGCCAAGCUGGCUCUGCUGGCAACACAGACCAGUUCUGAGGUCACACUGGAUGGCUGGUUUCAAGCCUGCCCUCUUUUCACGUGCAUGGGCUGAACCAUAGUGUUUUCAUUCAACGGACAUUUAUUGGGCAACAACACAGUGUUGGCAGACAUUGUGUUAGGCACUGGGGAGAUAGCAGGAAUCAAAAGAUAAACACCCCCCUGCUCGUGAAGGCUGCAUUCUAGUAGAGAGAAAUGAACAAUGACUAAAAUAAAUAAGUUAUAUGAAAUGUUAGAAGAUAAGAAGAAAGAUAAAAUAGGGUACGAGGGAGAACAGGAAGUGGAGGGCAGGGUUAGGGUGGCCUCAAUAAAAAGGUGAUGUUGAGCAGAAACUUGAAGGAUGUAAAAGUGGGUCAUGUAGGUUUCUAGGGGAAGAGCUGUCCAGGAAGAAAAAGCAUCAGGUGCAAAAGUCCUGAGGUAGGAGAAUGCCUGACAUAUGCAAGAAACCACCAGAGGUCAUGGGGUUGGAGUGGAGCAAGCAAGAGAGGGUGUGUGGGUCAGAGGGGUAACUACAUCUCAGAGAGCCUUGUGAACCACAGGGUGGACUCUGGCUUUACUCUAAAAUGGAAGAUUUUUGGAGGGUUUUAGGCAGUGGAGUGACAAGAUCUGGCUUACGUUUUAAUAGAAUCAGUUUAACUAUCAUGUUGAGUAGGCUACAAGUUGCCAAGGGUAGAAGUGAGGAGAAGAGUUAAGAGAUUAUUAGAAGCUGAUUUUCCAUCUAUUUCAGAGUAAAGGUCAGAGUUCCUGGAAGAAACUUGUGACUUGAGCCACAGUAUAGCCAGCCAGUGGAGAUGGUGAGAAGUGGUUGAUUCUGGAUAGACACUGAAAAUGGAAUUUUCAAAUCCAUCAUUGGGGUACUCAGGCGGUCUGGCCAGGAGCACAUUUAUCAGCUGUGAGGAGUGGCUAUGAGGGGUGUUCCCUCUCUACUCAAAAGUGAUAAAGAAAGAAGAGGCAGGAUUCUUGUUGGCAUAACCACCUCGCCUUUCUUCCUUUGUCCUUCCCAUAAAUUGAGGGCCUAUUCUGUGCCAGGCACUUUGCUAGGUUACACUAGUGAAUGUGAAUGAACAGGCUCACUGUCAUCGUGGAGCAAACAGUCUACAAAGGGAGUCAUACAAAUAAAUGAAAACAACCCAUCUGACGUGCUAAGUGUUGAAAUUAGUAUGUCUGCUCUAGUCAGGAAGUGCUGGGGAAAAGACACUUUGAGCUGGAUCUGAAUAAAUGUGGAUCAGUCAGACAAAGGGAGGAGAAGGGAGGGGAAGAGUGUUUUGGGCCAUGGGAAUGGCAUGUAUGGAGGUUCUGAAGGGAGGGGGAGCAGGGCAUGGAGGAGGAACUGAGAGAACGCCAAUAUGAGUAAAAUGCAGAGAGCUUGAGAAACGUGGGCAAGAUGCAGCUGGAGAACUGGAUGGGGUCAGACCAUGCCGAGCGUGAAGGCCAUGUUCAGAUUUUGAAUGUAUCCUGAAAUGAAUGGGAAGCCACUAGAGGCCUUCAAGGAGGGGAAUGACAUGGUCAAAUAUACUUGUUGAAAAGCCCACUACACUGCUUCGUGGAGAAUGAAUUACGAGAGUGGAGUAAGAACAGUGUGGAUGACCAAUUAUAAGACAAAUGCCGAGGCUCAGGAAAACUGCCAAGGAUGCAGAAGGAAAUGAAGAUGGUCAAAGAUGAGGAUGUGCAUUUCAGUUUGGGUGUGAAGGCGGCCCCCUCCUUUCCCCACGGCCUGCAGCCGGUGGUUUCCCGGGGGAAAGCUCCCGCCCGACACCCCUUCCCGGAAGCUCUCCGGGGGCCAUUUUCCCAGUUCCGGUACGAGCCUCCUCCUGGAGACCUAGACGGAUUCCCGGGGGUCUUUGAAGGAGGAGGGUCUCGCAAACGCAAGAGCAUGCCCACCAAGAUGCCCUACAGCCACCCCGCGGAAGAAGCCGCUCUGGCCCUGCACCCGGAGGGGAGCAAGCACCCGGGCCGCCCCGACCUGCCCCUGCUCUUCCCGCAGCCCCCACGCCCCAAGUACGACUCGCGGAUGAUCGACCUGUGCAACGUGGGCUUCCAGUUCUACCGCAGCCUGGAGCACCUGGGCAGCAAGGCCGUCAAGCAGGAGCCGGUGAAGCCGAGCGCCCUGUGGCCCCCGCCGACGCCCCCUCCGUUCCUGCCCACGCCCUACCCCUACUACCCCAAGGUCCCCCCGGGCCUCAUGUUCCCCUUCUUCGUGCCCUCGGCCUCGCCCUUCCCUUUCAGCCGCCACACGUUCCUGCCCAAGCAGCCCCCGGAACCGCCGCAGGCCCGCAAAGCCGAGCCGCGGGAGAGCGAGGAGACCAAGCAGAAGGUGGAGAGGGUGGACGUGAACGUGCAGAUCGACGACAGCUACUACGUAGACGUGGGCGGCGCGCAGAAGCGCUGGCAGUGCCCCACCUGCGAGAAGUCCUACACCUCCAAGUACAACCUGGUGACCCACAUCCUGGGCCACAGCGGCAUCAAGCCGCACGCCUGCAGCCGCUGCGGGAAGCUCUUCAAGCAGCUCAGCCACCUGCACACUCACAUGCUGACCCACCAGGGCACGCGGCCCCACAAGUGCCAGGUGUGUCACAAGGCCUUCACCCAAACCAGCCACCUGAAGCGCCACAUGAUGCAGCACAGUGAGGUGAAGCCACACAACUGCCGCGUGUGCGGCCGGGGCUUCGCCUACCCCAGCGAGCUCAAGGCCCACGAGGCCAAGCACGCGAGCGGGCGGGAGAACAUCUGUGUGGAGUGCGGCCUCGACUUCCCCACCCUGGCCCAGCUGAAGAGGCACCUCACCACGCACCGGGGCCCCAUCCAGUACAGCUGCUCCGAGUGCGACAAGACCUUCCAGUACCCGAGCCAGCUGCAGAACCACAUGAUGAAGCACAAGGACAUCCGGCCCUACAUCUGCUCCGAGUGCGGCAUGGAGUUCGUCCAGCCCCACCACCUCAAGCAGCACUCCCUCACCCACAAGGGCGUGAAGGAGCACAAAUGUGGGAUCUGCGGGCGGGAGUUCACCCUGCUGGCCAACAUGAAGAGACACGUGCUGAUCCACACCAACAUCCGCGCCUACCAGUGUCACCUCUGCUACAAGAGUUUUGUGCAGAAACAGACCCUCAAGGCGCACAUGAUCGUCCACUCGGACGUGAAGCCCUUCAAAUGCAAGCUGUGUGGGAAGGAGUUCAACCGGAUGCACAACUUAAUGGGCCACAUGCACCUGCACUCUGACAGCAAACCCUUCAAGUGCCUCUACUGCCCCAGCAAGUUCACCCUGAAGGGGAACCUGACACGCCACAUGAAAGUGAAGCACGGGGUCAUGGAGCGGGGCCUCCAGUCACAAGGUUUUGGAAGGGGGAGACUUUCCCUGGCGCAGACGGCGGGGGGCCUGAGGAGCCUGGAGCAGGAGGAGCCCUUCGAUCUGUCCCAGAAGCGCGGGGCCAAGGGCCCGGCCUCCCAGUCGGACGGGGAGAGCGCCAGGGGCAGCUCCUGCCACGAGGAGGAAGACGACGACCACUGCUACGAGGCGGAGCGGGACAGCCCGGGCCUCGGUCCCUGCAGCCCGCCGCUCUGCGCGCCCCAGGACCUGUCCGCCAAGCCCGCGCCGGGCCCCAGGGAGGAGGCGCAGGCGGAGGAGGACGCGCCGCAGGGGGACCGCCAGCUGCAGAGCCGGGACAGCCCUGGGCCGGAGCGCGGCCAGGACAGAGAGUUGGCCGGCAGAGACGAGUGUCCUGGCUUCCGGGCCCUGCAGAGCGCGCGGCGGGGCCCCUCCUUUUCUGAUUACCUGUACUUCAAGCACAGAGACGAGAGUUUGAAAGAAUUACUGGAGAGGAAAAUGGAAAAACAAGCAGUGCUUUUAGGGAUCUAAGUGGACGGUUUCAAAAUUACACUUGGAAAAUAAGAACUAGGUGGUGCAAAUACAGCUUUCCGCAUGAGCUCGUUUUUGCUGGAGAUGGGAGAAGGGCAGGAAUCUUUACAAAUGGCUCAGGCUAAAGGAGCAGGGACGUCCUCAGUCGUGUAAAUGCUUCUCAGGUCAUUAAUUGGGCCCUUGAUUUUUAGCACACGUGCAGGGUCUCCUUCAGUGUUAUUUCACAGAUCUCUAGUGUAGUAAACUGUGCUGUUCUUCCGGACAUCAUAAACUGAUGCUGAGGUGCUUUUAGAAAUUCCAUUUUCUAUUGACUAAUAGGCAAUACAUGGUAAAUUCCUUUCUAGUUGCAAAAAUAUGGUGCUUGACACAUCACCUUAUUAAUGACUCUUCAGUUGAAUGUGUGAAAGCUAUAAUAUUUUUCCAGAUAGAUGAAAAUAUUAGUAGUUGUGCAUAGUAUAAAAACUGCUUUAUUAAAUAAUCAAAACAUAACAGAAAUGACACAGGAGGGUGAGUUAUGGAAGAGAAGGUUCUCAUGUAGUUGCUGCAGAUAUACAAUUUCAGGAGAAUGUGAAUCAUUGUGAUGAAGGAAAAAUCAGCAAUACUUAGAUUCCUGCCUGAGUCUGCCUUGUUCCGCUUCUGCUGCCUUCAUCAGACACGGCAUUUGGAGCACAUUUUCAGGUGGCCUGACAGUGCUCAGUGACUGCAAGUUCACCCUUGUGUCCUGAGCAGAGCUGCCUCCUGGAGACCUUGCUCCAAGGCUUCGUGCCCCGUAAAGCAGCUUCAGGAAGAGUUGUAACCCCAGGAACAGUGGGUUUCUCCUCAGUGCUGGAGCUGGGAGUUCUCCCUGAAAUCUAAGCUCUAACCUGUUUGGAGUAGAGCUCUCCAGCUCUACUCCAGCUCUUAGGAUCCUGCUACAUAUUCAUUCUUCCAGCAGCCAGGUGUUGAAGACCUGCAGAUUUCCAGUUUGUUCUCCGUGCACUGAGCUGGAAUAGGAACUAGGAAAUCUGGAAUAGCAAGCUCUAAGUGUUUCCACCCAAAACGAAUCAUGUGGAAAUGUUUGAGGAACAAGUUAAUGUCGGGAUGGAGAGAGCAUGGUCUAGAAUGGUGGUUUCCACACUAUGCGUUGAGAAGCCAGAGGUCCCUCUUAGGCCGUCUGGAGCUGCAAGGGGAGGAGCAAUUCCUAGCCGUCGUUACCACCUCACUCAAAGCGGCUCAGAUUCCAUCUGUUUUACAUGUUAGCCUUCCAAGUAAAAUUCCCCUUGGAGGAAGAAAAAAGGGUCUAGAAAAAGUAAUAAAAAUUGUCAUGGAAUGUAUUCUAAAGCCUGUUUUUAGUUCUUGACUCUGGGAUUGAGAAAAUCAGUUAUAAGUGGAUGGUUCACAUGCACUGACCUUUUGAGAGCCAAGCUAAAACCUUGGUUUUGCAAGUGAUCAGCAUCCUAGUUUGCCUGGGACAACCUGGGUUUAUACCUGUUGUCCCUAGGUGGUUACUAAGAGUGUCACCUUAACGCUUAAAAGUGUUCCAGUCUGGGUGGUAAAUUAUAUGGACACCCUGUGUAUAAGUGCAGUGCUCAAGGAAGGCAUGGCCAGCCUUGCCCAAGGAGCAAAUUUUCCAGCGUGCAAGCCUGAGAGAGCAGCCUUGAGGCCAUCCUCAACAAGUAAGAGAUGACGCCAACCAGGAUCAUCAGCACCCCAAGGGCCAGGAUAGCUUGACCUUCAGCACAUUGCAACACUCUGAACACAGGUCACUACCAAAUGCUUUCCAGGCUUUUGACCACUCUCUUUGAACCAACCAACCCAGCCAAGCGGCAUAUUUCUCUUUUAACCUUUUUAUUCAGGUAGCGCCCUCUUGUUGCCUUUCAACUCAUUCUCUCUUUUUAAGAAUUUGACUGCCCACCGGCUGUGAGACUGAGGCUGACCUUCCACAGCUCUGCAAGGGUAACUGGUAUAUUUGUAUAUGAGUAGUUGCAUGAAACAGCCCAAUGUGCAUACUGUAUUUAUUAAGCCCUGAAGGCAUUUAAUAAAAUAUUAACAUCGUGUUUUGAAUUAUGAUCUUUGUCUGCUUUGCUGGAACAAAAUGUAACAGAGCUAACAUUUAAAAUCCUUCACAUAUUUGGACAAUAUGACACCAAAUGUUGAUUUUGUACAGAAUCCUGCCUUGCUAUUUAAAACUAAAAUUCCAAAUAUGUAGCAACCCAAGUUGUGAAUAUUGCUUUCUGCUUCAAUGAGAAAGUAGUUUACCUAAAAA